AUGUUGAAUGCACGCCAACAUCAGAAACAGAGUGGUACGGUCCUGAAUUGUAUGAGUGCAGGUCGCGGCCAGUAUCCGGUAUUGCAUGAUUCUGGGAACGGUAAAACGAGCUCAGAAUCUGGAUUCACGGGGAUGGCAAGACGGCGGGCCGCGGCUGAGCUACAUGGCCGGCCGUGCGCCACGGCCCAGCUUCAGCCCCAAGCCCCGCUGACCAAGUCCAACCCACCCGGACCGGCGCUGAAACCGUCAGCUUUCGUCAACGGGUUUCAGAAGCGCCUUGUCGUCUACAGUAACUCCAAGACGGGCUGCCAUACUGGCGUGGCCAGCGAGGAAAGCGAAACUGACAUUUCCAGUUUGGAGAUCGACUCCAAUCUCUCCGACUCCUCCAUCCCAUCAAAUCCUGCCUCGCCAAAGCCUUCAUUUCCAGUUCCCCGAAAUGAUGACAAUCUUCUACACGGCAGUUUGGCCCACUCUGUUAAUAACUCAAUCUCAAAGUUCGAGCUUUCAGAUCGUAGAGACCAAAACAUCACUGACAACAAUAACUCGUCCAAGCAGCCCAAUUUCAGCCUGAAAAGUACCUCCCAGAACGGAGACAUUAUGACUUCUAGUUUGAAACACGGAACUCCAAGCCCUAGUUCCCGUCAACAGCGGAGAUCACCAAUCACCACUACCACACAGAAGUUUCCAGACACCCAGCCCCUUGUCUUGAAAAUACGGCGCAGGACUUGGGCGCCUGGUGAGACAGCAAGUCCCCGUGAUGCCAAAAGAGCUAGGCCAGACUUGGGUCGAGCAAGCUUGAAAUCACUCUCGGAAUCACUAGAUUGUGGCCAGCAAGCUGUGAAAGGCGAAUGGCAAAGUGUUAUGGAAACCCGUGAACCUAAAUCUGAAAAGGAUGAAGCUGAAGUCACAGAGCAAACAAGAAUUACGAGUUCGUUUCUCGGGGAAACAAAUUUGGACCGGCCGAAAAUAAAGCACUGUCGCCAUCACCGCCACCGCAAGUCGACGAAAUCAAAAGCGAUCCAUCGCGAUUGCGUUCAGCACAGAAACGGUUCACAUCUCAAGACGAUGGAGAAUUCGCAUCCACGUUCGCAUCGGGCCUGCAAAACUCACCGGAGGAAACUUAAGAAAAAUGCCUCUAAGAAGAAUCAGCAUCACUCGAGCAAUCAGACGGGGAAAAUGCUUCGCCUUCCCAGCGAUCCCCAGAAAGCAGUGCGAGUCUUGGAGAAGGCGCUGGAAUCCAUAAACGCACAGAUCAAGCAGCUAAAAAAGGAAACGGAGUUAGACGAAAAACGGACGAACAAACCCAAGUCGCGGCGGGACCGUAAGAAGACGGUCACGAAGAAGAAGAGGAAGAAGAAGAAGCGACUCAAAGGCGACACGAACAAGAGGCACAGUAAGGGUUUCUCGGCACCCGUACUUAACCCUUCUGAAUUCAAACUGAACGAUUUCUUCUCCGUGGUUCCGUCCUUAGUUGUACGAGACAACGAUCUCCAUCCAGCGUACCGAGCCUCUGUCGACCCGGGUGAACCACCGUCGGCAAGCCACCCGAUCUGGCGGUGGCGACUCGGCCAACCGCCCCUACCCCGAACAUGA